AUGCACGGCCACAAUGCGCCCCACCAGGCCUGCCACGCUUCGGAUCAUUCUCCAAGUGUACCGCAAGUCCGCGACUGGGUAGCUUACUACUUCAUUGACACCUCGAGUUCCCUACCAAUUUGCAGUGCGCUUCCCUCCCAGCUCUUCACUUACUCGGAAUAUUCACCCCGCGCUCGGGGCCAUCGAACCAUGCAGCUAGCCAACGAGUUUAGACAUGCCUACAGCAUUGCUUCAGGCCCGGAUCUCGCCGCGGUCCUGACACCAAUUGCGACCUCGAACAACCCGGACCGGCUGCGAUCCUUCUAUCAGUACACCAAUAUCCAAUACCUCACCAACGACCUCACCUCAAGUCUGUUCCACGGCAAGAACCUGAAAGUACCCAAACUUGAACAAGCGGCAUGGGUUGACAUCUUCGCCGCAUACUGGGAAGCAGUGGGGGAGGUGCUCAAGUUCGAGGGCCGGCACCCUGGAGCCAGUGCGACUGCGAUCUUCACUGCUUGGAAGAAGGUUGCCAAUGCUCUCAUCAAAGGCUAUUCCGGUCCCAACGGACUACCUGCAUGGACAUUGCCGUGUUUGUACACAGUUGGCAAGUUCCUGCGAACCUUUGCGAUUAAGGCAGACUUGGAGGUUGCGGCACAGGGCUCCUCGGGCUUUGGCUUCCAGGAUGACCUCGCGGUGGACGUGGAGAAGAACGGGAAUUUAGAAGAGGCUGCGCGAAUCAUCAAUCGGAUGUUCACUCUUUGCUUGAGUGAUCGCGCCCCCAUUGAGGAGUCCCGGAAGUGGGGUAUCUACGAAACCACCAACUUGUUGUUCAAAACAUACUUCAAGAUCAACUCUGUGGGUCUUACCAAGAACUUGCUUCGGGCCAUUAAUGCGCAAUCCCAUGAGCUGCCUCCGCUUGAUGCAUUCCCAAAAUCCCACAUUGUCACCUUCGAGUACUAUCUUGGAGUCAUCCACUUCUUGGAUGAGCAAUACACACAGGCUGAAGAACACCUCACUACAGCCUGGAGAAUGUGCCACCGGGAGGCUUACAAGAACCGAGAGCUGAUCCUGACAUACCUAAUUCCUUGCCACCUGGUGACUACCCACACACUUCCCAGUAGACGACUUCUUGCACCCUUCCCACGAUUAGAGCAACUCUUCCGCCCUUUGUCCAAUUGCAUCCGCAAGGGUGAUCUCGUCGGCUUCGACCAGGCGAUGUCUGCCGGUGAAGCCGAAUUUGUCAAGCGACGCAUCUACCUCCCACUAGAGCGUGGCCGCGACAUUGCCUUGCGCAAUCUCUUCCGAAAGGUUUUCAUCGCUGGUGGAUUUGAAGAACCAAAGGAUGGCCAGCCAGCCAUUCGGCGAACCCGUGUGCCCGUGGCCGAGUUUGCGGCUGCCUUGAGAAUUGGAACUCAUGCGACGGGUCGGACACGGGUUGAUAUUGAUGAGGUUGAGUGCUUGCUGGCCAAUCUCAUUUACAAGGGUCUUAUGAAGGGCUACAUUGCGCGAGAACGCGGAAUGGUCGUUCUUAGCAAGAACAACACCGCUUUCCCAGGCACUGGUGUCUAA